AGGCUAUACCGCCUUACUUCCGGAAUUUGUGAUAGUUUAUUUUCGACAAUAAUUAAUCUAACUUUUAUGAGAAAUCACCGUGAAAAUGGCAAGAGAAUAUGACCAUCUGUUUAAGUUGUUAAUAAUAGGCGAUAGUGGUGUUGGUAAAAGUAGCCUACUCCUGCGAUUUUCCGACAACACUUUCUCAGGUACAUACAUCACAACAAUUGGGGUUGACUUUAAGAUCCGAACGAUUGAUGUGAAUGGUGAAAAGGUGAAACUCCAGAUCUGGGACACUGCUGGCCAGGAACGCUUCCGGACAAUCACCUCCACAUACUACCGGGGCACACACGGGGUGGUUGUGGUGUAUGAUGUCAGCAGUGGCGAGUCAUUUGCUAAUGUGAAGAGAUGGCUUCACGAAAUAGACACAAACUGUGAUGUUGUUAACAGAAUUUUAGUGGGUAAUAAGGACGAUGACCCGGACAGGAAGGUGGUACUGACCCAGGACGCUCAGAGGUUUGCCGAGCAGAUGGGCAUACAGCUGUUUGAAACGAGUGCCAAGGAAAACAAAAAUGUGGAGGAGAUGUUUGUUGCCAUAACGAAGCUGGUCUUACAAACGAAGAAAGAACAACAGAAGCGUGUGGCCGACCAGCCACAGGACAGAAUACGACUGGACAGUAAAGGCAGCAAGUCUAAAAAGGGAAAGAGCUGCUGCUGACACUGUUUUAUGUGUGACCAUGGUUACUUCCCUUUGUUACUCUUCUGUCAAUCAAGUGAACAUACGAAUAGGCUGUCUAGUGACAAGAUUCCCCAUCUAGAUUGCUGUCGGCCUAUAUUGGUAAAUCAGCUCCAGUUUGAAUUAUGGUCUUUGUAGAUACUGUAUGUAUUACAGGGUCAGUAAACACAGAAAUAGUGAGUUUUAAAGUCCAGUAAAGUAUAUUUUUUUGAUAACUUAAACAUGCAUCAUAUAUUAUUGUUAUUAGUAAUAAGCACGUGAAUCCCUUUUUAAUCAAAUUGUCCCUUUUUAGUUGUGAAUGAAAUUGAUGCUGUUUGACAAAUGCAAGAAAACUGGGGUGGUGGGGGGGAGGGUUAAAGAAGAAAAAGGAUCCAGUAUUACCUGGGUCUUUAUAUGAACAAGAUUUUGUACUGUUACUAUAAUGUGCUUAAAACGUAUCUUUUCUUCUCUCCUAUUCAUUAAUGAGUAUAACAUUUCUAAUUAUGAAAGUACAUAUUAUAUAAUGAAGACACAAACAUUUAUGAUUAUUUUGGUCAUUGUAUAUUUACUACUGUGUUGCUUUAGCGAAGAAUGGCCAAUAGCUCUCUGUUCCAAAUGUUCGGCAUUUUAGUCACAAUCCUUACAUACAAUGGCCUCCUUAGCACUUUAUCUAUAUUUACAUUAGAAACUUGACAUUGUGAUGGCAGGUUUAGUACUUCUAACCAAGAUGUAUUAUACACACUACAUCUCGUUUUGUAUUAUUCACUCUACAUCUUGUUGUUAAUUAUGAUAUAAGAAAGGCUGCAUUAUUUAUGAUGGAUCCUAUGUUUCAAGUUGUUAUAGUUGAUAAGCUGGGCACCAACCAGGUACAUGCAUUGUUAACUCACAUUCCUUUGUUAUGGGCUUUAUUUUUAAUUGCUUUCUCAAUGUCAUUAUGGGGUCUAUUUACAUUCACACAAGAAGAUAAUUAUACUGUAUAAAUGUGAACAUCAGAAGCCGACAUAAUAUAUUGAGGUUGAGUUUAAACUUAAUGUUGAUCAUUGAGUUUGCUUGCGGUUAAAAAUCAGUGAUUUGAAAGAUACGUAUAUGUCAUUAUGUUCAUGUGUAUCACUGUAUGUGAAUUGAUACUUGAUUUAUUGUUAUAACAAUGUAUUCUUGAUGCACAUGUGUAACUUCCACUUCACAUAAUCAGAUGUGUUGACCUAUUACAUGUUUGUUAUUGUUGUUAAUAACACAUGAACAUCUACAUUAUGGAUUUUAACUAUUCUGAUAAUGGGGCACUGCCUAGUACUGAUUGUUAUAUUUUAUGUGUGAAGAUUUAUGUAUUAUUAUGAGCUUAUGAUUGCACAUUCCUAGCAUGCUGUGUGAUUACUGAUGCAAUGUCCUAACUUAUCUGUGUAGGCCAAAAUGUUAUACGUUCUUCAUUUGUACAUGGAUGUUAUAUUGUUUAGUUCUAUUGUAGGAUUUGUUGAAAAUGUGCACUUGAUGAUUUAACAUCAUAGUUCCACCAGGCAACUGACAACUGCAACUGAAAAGUGUUGUCAACAUGUGAACAUGGUCAUUUAGAUGUUCUCAUGACUUGAGAAUGAACAUUUAGACGCACACAUAUAGCUGUUACACACAUAUAGCUGUUACACACAUUUAGCUGUUACACACAUAUAGAUGUUACGUGGUUUUUGGUAUUUAGGAUUAGUUUAGUAGUGUCAAUUUACUGCUGACAUUUUAUUUUCACUCUGCAGGAUCAGGGAAAUCUCUUGCAUUGAAAUCUUUCAAGCUAGUUUGCAUUUUUUGUGGUCAGUUUAUUCAUUUUAGAUUAACAUUUCCAAACAAGCAAUUGUCUGCUGUUUAACAGUUAGUUCCCAUGACGAAACAUGAGCUAUUGGCCUAUAUACCCUCCACAUACUGCUGACAACACUAGGGUCCCGUACACCUUGUUACUCACCACCUAUCUCCUGUACAAUGCUCACAUAUAUGUCUCGUACUCUUCGUUGUUCAUUGUCUUCGCUGUUCAUUGUCUUCAUUGUUUUAGUUUUGCUCUCGAUUUUCAGUCCAUUGAAAUUUUAAGGGAAAAAGGUAAAAUUCUGUUAUUUCAGCCUUAGAAAUUCAGAUAUUUAAGAACUGGCCAAUAAAUCUAUAUACGGUAAUGUUAUGUAGAAAGAUUUUUUAUGGUUUUACUAGGUUUUUAAUGUGGCUUAUACAAAUUUCGAUCAUUGUUAUUUCGAUUGUCAUGUGUUUCUGUGGUCAUAUGAUUAACCAGCAGCUAUGUAGGGAACAUGCUUUCAGUUAGCCAAAUAAUGGAUUUCAAACGUUUGAAUCUGUUGUUGUCAUCAAACCAAAUAAUGGCUCUCUUUUUCUGCAUUUUCAUCUUGUUUCUCUAGUUUUCUUCUAUCGUGAAAACAAUCUCCUUCAAUUUUAUCAAUUAAUUAAUUAGAAACAAGAUAAUUCACGGCGUUCUUCUGCUACAUACUUUAUGAGCUAAGAUACAUCUUUUUCUAUAAUACUUGACAUGUUCUAUUUAGUGCUAUGUUAUUCACUAUGUUUUAUUGAGUGAACUUCAUGACCCAUGGUUACAGAAGUUUUAAAGUCGGACACAUAAACUAAUUAAAAUGUUAAAAAAACAUUCUAAUUCGAUUGAAUCCAAUCUGUCUGAUAGUGACCUGGUUGAAUGGCAAUACAUACAACAGGCCUCCACAGUGAAGGAAAAACUACAUUAAUAGGAUUUGCUGUUGAGAUCUUUGGUCGUCAACAUGCGUCUUGGUGACUUUAUACAUUAUUUUGAUUAAAAGUAUAAUACAUGUCAUGAUGUACAUGUAUCAUUGUGUAAACACCUUGAAAUAAAUGAUCAGCACUAAUGAAGUAUGUAUAGUUUGGUUGCUUCACAAUAUUCCAUUGUUUAAACAGCAAGAUAGGAAGCUGAGGUGGUCAUGCUUGUCGAUUUUAAUGUAAAACAGUGUUAUUGAUUAUAAUGUAGCAGUAUUUAUAGCGCUAGAUAUGGAUGAAAUGAGUUUCUAGCUUUCUAUUUUGUAUGCUUAUUCAGUAUGUAUUAUUUAUCAUUGAUCAUAAAUGGUGCAAAUUUGUAUGAUUCUUACUUGACAUGUAUGUUAAUGUAUAAUAUGGAAAUCAGUGUAGAAAUUCCAAUUAUGUUUCAUAGAAAUAAACAAAUGAACAAAUCAA